AUGGAUCGAGCAAAUCACUCUGUGGUGUCAGAGUUUGUGUUCCUGGGACUCACCAAUUCCUGGGAGAUCCAACUUCUCCUCUUUGUGUUCUCCUCCACGUUUUAUGUGGCAAGCAUGAUGGGAAACUCCCUCAUUAUGCUCACUGUGAUUUCUGACCCUCACUUACACUCCCCCAUGUACUUUCUGUUGGCCAACCUUUCCUUCAUCGACAUGGGAGUUUCCUCUGUCACUUCUCCCAAGAUGAUUUAUGACCUAUUCAGAAAGCAUAAAGUCAUCUCCUUUAGUGGCUGCAUCACUCAAAUCUUCUUCAUCCAUGUCAUUGGUGGUGUGGAGAUGGUUCUGCUCAUACCCAUGGCCUUUGACAGAUAUGUUGCCAUAUGUAAGCCCCUCCACUAUCUGACCAUCCUGAGCCCAAGAAUGUGCAUCUUCUUUUCAGUGGCUGCCUGGAUGACUGGCCUUAUCCACUCCGUGGUUCAAUUGGCUUUUGUGGUAAACUUACCCUUCUGUGGUCCUAAUGUGUUGGACAGCUUUUACUGCGACCUUCCUCGGUUCAUCAAACUUGCCUGCACAGACACCAACCGACUAGAGUUCAUGGUCACAGCCAACAGUGGGUUCAUCUCUGUUGGCUCCUUCUUCAUACUGAUCAUCUCCUAUAUUGUCAUCAUUCUCACUGUUUAUAAACACUCUUCAAUUGGUUCAUCCAAGGCUCUGUCUACACUGUCAGCUCACAUCACUGUGGUAGUCCUGUUCUUUGGUCCUUUGAUAUUUGUCUAUACAUGGCCAUCUCCCUAUAUACACCUAGAUAAGUUCCUGGCCAUCUUUGAUACAGUUCUUGCUCCUUUCCUGAAUUCUGUCAUUUAUACAUUCAGGAAUCAAGAAAUGAAGGUGGCAAUGAGGAGAGUGUGCAGACAGCUAGUGAAUUACAGGAAUUUUUUCUUCUCUUCUAUUAAAAACAUCUGUUUACAAUCUGCUUUGUGA